GAUGUGCGGUGGAGCUCUCAUAAAUAAUCGAUGAAUAUUGACGGCGGCUCAUUGUGUGAUCCGUCAGUAUAAUAUUCGAGCGCGUCUGGGUGAGUGGAAUACGACCAGCACACUUGACUGCCAUGAGUAUAAGAAUGGUAACAGGGUCUGUGCUCCACCGCACAUAGACAUCAAUGUUGACCUCAUUAAGGCACAUGAGCAAUAUCGAAGCACCUCCGGCCAUUUCAACGACAUUCUUAGCCAUACUGCCGUGAGCUAUACUGACUUUGUGAUACCCAUAUGCCUGCCGCCAGCAAAAGAGAAGUAUGAGGAUGCCUAUUCUGGACAUGCCAUGGAAAUCGUUGGUUGGGGAAAAACUGGCAAAAGAAACUUCAAAGGCAGUACAAUCAAGAUGAAGGCCAUUUUAGAAGUCAUCUCCAUCUCCGAAUGCCUACGAGUGCGUCAGCAGAUCGACCCUGGCCAAAUGUGCGCCGGUGGCCAAACACCGCAAGGUAGCUGCAAAGGCGACUCCGGUGGUGCGUUAAUGCUGCGAAACACAAGUUUUGCCAUUCCCACGUACUAUUCCAUUGGCAUCAUUUCACUCGGCCAGCAAUACUGUUCACCUAGACAAAUACCCCAGAUCUUCACAAGAGUUGAGGUCUAUGUGCCCUGGAAAUUGAUACAAAGCAUGCCAAUUCUUAGGAUUAUUUCGUUUAUAAUAUGA